AUGAGCUCUGCCAUCUUCUUCAUACCUGAUUCUUUGUUUGUCUCCCCUGUUCUUGAUCUUGACUGUAGCUGUGCUUGUGUUCCCUCGCUAGUCAGAGAAGACCCAAUUGGCUCAUAUUCCAUAUGUCUCCACUCAGUGGUGACAGAUUGUGGAUUCUGUGAAAGGCUAAUCACACUAUUCCGUGUUGAUUUCAGUGGCAGGGGUGAACUGAGCAUCAGGGCUUCUAGGGGUACAGAAAAGAGAGAGAAAAUGUCGUCCAAGAAGAACUACUACAAGGAGAAGAUGAUGCGGCGGAAAGAGGAGAAAAAGGUAGAACCAGAGACACCCAGGUAUCGUGAUCGUGCUAAGGAGCGCCGUGAAGAUCAAAAUCCAGACUAUGAACCCACAGAGCUUGGUUCAUUUCAUGCUGUGGCACCUCCUGGAACAGAUUUGAGGUUGGCAGAUGCACACAAGAUUUCAAUUGAGAAAAGCAAAUAUCUUGGAGGUGAUUUGGAGCAUACACAUCUGGUCAAGGGCUUGGACUAUGCUCUACUUCACAAAGUGCGGAGUGAAAGUGAAAAGAAACCCGAUGCAGAGGAUGGGAAAGAUUCUAAAUCAAGGGCAACAAAAGAAGAUCAGGCAGUCUCUUUCCGCACUGCAACUGCAAAGUCUGUCUACCAAUGGAUCAUAAAGCCUCAAAGCAUAAUAAAAGAGAAUGAGUUGUUUCUUCCUGGUCGGAUGUCAUUUAUUUACAAUAUGGAGGGACUAACCAAUGAUAUUCCAACAACUCUUCAUAGGAGCAAAGCUGAUUGCCCUGUACCAGAGGAGAUGGUAACUGUCAGCGUGGAUGGUUCUGUACUUGACAGGAUUGCUAAAAUUAUGACAUACCUUCGACUUGGAUCUUCAGGGAAGGUCUUAAAGAAAAAGAAAAAGGAAAGAGAUACAAAAGGGAAGAACAAUUUAGCAAGCGGUGACUAUGACGAGGCAGUAAAACCUACCCAAACUAAUGGUUCUGCUUUGAAACAUCAACCAGAUAUGCCACCACCACCAGCUCCGCCCCCUCGGAGCAAUAAUUUCAAUGGAAAGGAGAAGCAAUCGGUACCUAUUGCUAGAGCAGACGAUGAUGACAUUUUUGUCGGAGAUGGAGUUGACUAUUCAGUUCCUAACAAGGAAACGAGCCAAAGCCCUGUUUCUGAGGAUAUGGAGGAAUCACCACAUAACCAUCAGAAGCAGUCCUAUUUCGCUGAACCCAUGUAUGGCCCAGUACCACCAUCUGAAUCUGCUCAAGCUUGGCAACAGCCGAAUGGGUAUGAUGCUGUUCAAGCCCAGAUGGCAGCUGCUGGAUAUCAAGGCGAUUGGUCAGGCUAUGUGUAUGAAGAACAGCCGUUGGGUUAUCAAGAACAGUAUGUGCAACAAAGCACUGAGGAAUAUGAUGUACUAGCUGACCCUAGUAUAUCCCAGGAUCCAAGGUUCAUGACUCAAGCAGACAAGGAUCGGGGUCUAGGUUCUGUUUUCAAACGUGAUGAUCAAAGGUUGAAUCAGCUGAGAGAAAAAGAUGCACGAGAGAGAGAUCCAAAUUUUAUUUCGGAUAGUUACUCAGAGUGUUAUCCUGGCUACCAGGAGUAUAAUAAUGAGAUUGCAGGGAGCGAUGAUGAAGAUGAUUUAUCAAAGAUGGAUAUGGGUGGACGGGCUAAGGGCCGUCUUCACAGGUGGGAUUUUGAGACGGAAGAGGAGUGGGCGAAGUACAACGAUCAGAAAGAAGCCAUGCCAAAGGCUGCGUUCCAGUUUGGGGUGAAGAUGCAGGACGGCAGGAAGACAAGGAAGCAGAACAAGGACCAGAAGCUCACCAAUGACCUCCACAAGAUAAACAGGAUCCUGGCUCGAAAGAAGGGUGAGAAAGAUGGGGCCGAUGACGGCGGUCAUUACGAUGAUGAUUUACCUAGUGCAAAGAAACAACGUGGCUGA